AUGAUCGACAGAGAAACGAACAUGCAAAAAGAGAAUUCGAAGACGACGAAGAAGAAGCAGCUCACGAAAGCGAAUGGUUUAGCAUGGGAGUGCGGGUCCCAACGUGCGCCACGUGUGAAUGUGAACGUAUCUGAAGUAGUGGCCAGGAAUUGCCCUAUCAAAUACUCCAACUUCAUUGGCUACGUUUUCUCGCUCUUCCGAUUUCGCAUUUCGCGGCUCUGCGGUGUCGUUUUGGGGUUUUUCUUUCGCCGGGACCCUCGUGAGCUGGGUGGGCCCCACUAA